AACGGAAGAGGAGGCAGCCGGCGUGCGCCUGCGCUCCAGAGGGCUGCGCGGAGGCGGCGAGGCGGCGCUGGGGGGCUGGCUCGGGCGGCAGCGGUGGCUGUUGCGGAUGGGAGCGGGCCGGUUUGGCGCGCCUAUGGAGCGCCAGGGCAGGGCUGCGGCCACCUCGGCCGUGGCCGGCGAGCCUGCGGACUCCGAAGCGCGGAGGCGGGAGCCGCUAAGGCGCCGAGCGAGUAGCGCGGCGCCGUCGGGGUCCGGGGCGGCGGAGAGCGUGAGACGGGAGCGGCCCGGCUCCCUCGGCGGCUCCACCUCGGCCGCCCGCCCGCGCGCCGAGGGCCUCCGGAAGAGGCGGCCGCUUUUUCCGUGGUUUGGCUUGGAUAUUGGAGGAACCUUGGUCAAGCUGGUUUAUUUUGAACCUAAAGACAUCACUGCUGAAGAAGAAAAGGAGGAAGUGGAGAGUCUGAAAAGCAUUCGGAAGUACCUGACCUCCAAUGUGGCUUACGGAUCCACUGGGAUUCGGGACGUGCACCUUGAGCUGAAGGACCUGACUCUGUGUGGACGCAAAGGCAAUCUGCACUUUAUACGCUUUCCCACUCAUGACAUGCCUGCUUUUAUUCAAAUGGGCAGAGAUAAAAACUUCUCAAGUCUGCACACUGCCUUCUGUGCCACUGGAGGUGGAUCAUACAAAUUUGAGCAGGAUUUUCUCACAAUAGGUGACCUUCAGCUUCGAAAACUGGAUGAACUAGAUUGCUUAAUUAAAGGAAUUUUAUACAUUGACUCAGUUGGAUUCAAUGGACGGUCACAGUGCUAUUAUUUUGAAAACCCUGCUGAUUCUGAAAAAUGUCAGAAGUUACCAUUUGAUUUGAAAAAUCCAUACCCUCUGCUUCUGGUGAACAUCGGCUCAGGGGUCAGCAUCUUAGCAGUGUAUUCCAAAGACAAUUAUAAGAGGGUCACAGGCACCAGUCUUGGAGGAGGAACUUUCUUUGGUCUCUGCUGCCUUCUUACUGGCUGUAGUACUUUUGAAGAGGCUCUUGAGAUGGCGUCUCGUGGAGAUAGCACCAAAGUGGACAAAUUAGUUCGAGACAUUUAUGGAGGAGACUAUGAGAGGUUUGGCUUGCCAGGCUGGGCUGUGGCUUCAAGUUUUGGAAACAUGAUGAGCAAGGAGAAGAGAGAGGCUGCCAGUAAGGAGGACCUUGCCAGAGCAACUUUGAUCACCAUCACCAACAACAUUGGCUCCAUAGCAAGAAUGUGUGCUCUUAAUGAAAACAUUAACCAGGUCGUAUUUGUUGGCAAUUUCCUGAGAGUCAACACGAUCGCCAUGCGGCUUCUGGCCUAUGCUCUGGAUUACUGGUCCAAGGGGCAGCUGAAAGCAUUGUUUUCAGAGCACGAGGGUUAUUUUGGAGCCGUUGGCGCACUCCUUGAGCUGUUGAAGAUACCCUGACUUACCAAGAGGAUUUCCUGAAACCUGCCACAGAGAUAUCUGUGGAAUUUUUUUUUUUUAAGAGACUCAAGUUUUAUGAUCGUGUACUACUCAAAUCAGAGCAAGAAACAAAUGUAUUUUUCUAAGACAUCAAGAUAAAUUCUUAAAAUUUUGUCUAACUUAGCAUUCAGUAAGGAUUUCCCCCUCUGUCUAGGCAGUGUGAAGAUUUGCUAUUUAUAAGUUCAGGGCUGAGUUAUUAACCCCUGAGGUGCUUUGGAAUCCCAGCAUUACCCACUGGGUAUACAUGGAGCUUUCUGCACUCCCACCAGCAGCUGACUGCUUGUCCUGUUGAAAUGCGAGAAUCUAACCAGUUUCAUCAGUAUGCCUUGCAGGUCAUCUGCGCUGGGUCAUGUUUAGCAUAUGUUAACAUACAGAAAAUGGGUUAUUUCAAGCUUCUGAAAACUUGACAGGUUUGUUCUGAGCCUGAUGUUAAGAGAUAGCCUGCAUUGUAGCUGAAGGCAAGGGUGGGUCUGUCCACAGUAGCCUUGGCACUGGAAUGGAAACCUCAAGCUCUGGCUGGGGAUGUUUCUGUCAUUCAGCUGUGGGUGCCAGCUCUGGGGCAACAGAAGACUCUUGUUGGUUUGGACCAUGGGAACUCAGGAUUGGAUUUGGCUGGCUAGCCUACUUGAUGGUUCCCAAUUCCCACAGGGAUAUAGCUGCCUUUUAUUACAUACUUUGGCCCAUUAGGACUGAGGGUCACACACAGCACAGUACACAGGAUGUUGCAGGGAUGGUAGUCCUGCCCUCCUCCUACUCCCUGCUUUGCCUCCUGAGAGAGAUCCUCAAAACUGUCUCUCCACCUACCAUUUGUAUCAGAAAGUUUCUUCAUCUGUGGUAGGGCUGUGCUCCUCCCUACCAUUCCUUAGGUGACUUCUAUGAACUUUUCUGGUCUGGGAGCUGGCUUGACAAGCACCUGAGCUGUGUUAUCUGACAGUUGUGACCAGUGCUUUAUAUUCAUGGCUCUGUCUUCUUACACUGAAGCUCCCACAGUGUUUAUUUAUUUAUUGGUUUUUUCGGGACAGAGUUUCUCUGUGUGGACCAGGCUGGCCUUGAACUCAGAAAUCCGCCUGCCUCUGCUUCCCAAGUGCUGGGAUUAAAGGCAUGCGCCACCACCACCACCACCACCACCACCACCCAGCUAGCUCCCACAGUGUUAGAAGAGCAAGCCUCAGGAUCACAACAGGAUGCGUGGUACUGUUCUGCACUCACCCCAUCACUGUCUAUUUCUUCUUUCCUCAGUUGUGCUCAGCUCAGUGUAUUGGGUCGUGAAGGUAACCUCAAACUUGACAAUACUAUACAGCUGAGGCUAGCCUUUGAACUACGGAUCCAGUUGCCGUCACCUCUGAAGUGCUGGGAUUAUAGGUGUGCGCCAUUAGUAAACUCUGUAAAUAGAAAGGGUUGUUUCAGAGCCUUAUCUUACCCAGUUUUCACCUGCUUCUCCUGCUUCUCUGGCUGUUGUCUCACUCUGACAGUUCCACUCUCAAGCUCAGCUGUGAGUCUCUCCAAGCUGUCUUCCUAUUGGUUCCAGCACUAUUUGCAGAAAUAUACACAUUGCACCUCACAGCCACUUCUGAACUUAGAGCCACUUGCAGUGUCUGUUAGAACCAUCUUGUCUUUUCUCAGCUUUCCAAUCCAGGUCGUUGUUUGGAUAGCCUACAGCUCCACUUCACUCCUCCCACUCAGGAAGGAAGGUUUGUGGCCCUGGAGUACGAAGUAGCUUGAACUAAGAUGGGAGCAUGGCCAGUGUAGAGAGGAAAUGUUUUGUAGGCCUCACUGGCUGGGUCUAGGAGGUGCUUGAGGAUACCUAGUUUGGUUUUAGAAUGCCUGGUUUUGAGAACCCCCAAAGCAGAGUCGUUUGGGUCAGAGACAAAGCACAGGGUGUUAUUUAUUUGUAGGAGGAGUUAGUGAACCCCAGAGUAUAAGAAAACAAGACAGAUGGGCAGUGAAGGAACAGAUUACAGGGAAACCACCUGGGGUACAGGGAUCUGGGAGUCCAAGAGAAAACUCUUAAUAAAUGGGUACUACAUAGAUGGGUUACAGGGUUGUUCAGAGGUAGCUCCAGGGUUAUGUAUGUCUGGGUGAAGCCAUGGACUGAAGCUGAGCAGUUCGGAGCUGCUCACUACCUGGGAUUAGGGUUAGGGCAAGUUCUGGGAAUGUUGCAGACUGUCAAAGGACAAAGCUAUAUACAUCAAGCCACUGCAAAUGCUGGUGGUCACAAAUGGAAUGCAUGGUGUAGUCUGGCAGCUUGUCUCAGAGGCCUAAUGCCUUUCCCCCCAUCGGUGUGCCACACCUUACCCCACACUGUGGGAGGACAUAUCAGGCCCACUGCAAAAGUUGACAGGUACAUAAUACAAAGUAUUUCAAAAUUUGCUCUUUAUUUACACGUGUUUGGGUCGAUUACAUGCAUGUUUUAUUUUUAAACAAGUGAUUAGCAAAAAAUGCAUUAAAGUUUUAAAAUAGCAAUUAAAUAUACAAAAAUAUAGCUUACAAAAACCAAUGUUUAAAAAUAUUCUGCUGCAGAAUUCUUAGUGUACAAACACGUCUAUGAAACCUGAGGCUCAGCAUUUCAUAAACCUUUUUUGAGGGAGUUAUAUCUAGUAAAUAAGCCCCAUAGGGCUAAACUACAAGACUAAAGUGCCACUCCUCCACUUUCCUGGGCAUGACUUGUCAGCAGACCUAGAAGCAAUGGCUCCACACCGUCACAUUCUCCACCGCAGCCUGGAAGGAAAGGCAUGGACGGUGCUGAGGUUUCAACCACACAAGUCCCUUAACACUGGUGAGGGCAUGAUCUGAGCUACAGCGUGUCUUUGAAACAGCAGGGGUAGCUUUCCCUGAACCUGUGAACAAAGAAACUAAGAAUCUGGAUACGUGCUGAUCUAACUGGAAUAAAAGCAUCUUGAAAUAAUUUGGGUUCUAAAGCUGAACCUGAAAACUGACAGGUGUUCAACUUAGUGAACCCAGUCCUGUUAAUCUUAUUUUAAAAACCUUUACCUGGCAUUUUAGGUCCCUACCUCUAAGAUUAAGUUAAAUACUUGGAUGGUCCCAUUUUAAGCAAUUUUUAAAAAAUAAAAAUUUAUUUUUGUGUGUA